CAAAAAAAUAUACUUCAGCAUGCGUGCAAUAUGUUAUGUUCUGGUCUCAUUUUUUGAUUUGGUUUCCUUCAUAAAAAAGAAGGAACAGUUCGUUUAAUUGCGAACGAUAAAAAAAAUAACCACGAGAUAAAACAUAGGAAUAAGUCGAUCGAAGAUGUUAAUCAAAUCGAAGGAGAGAAACUUUCAAGCCCACGCAGCGUAAAGAGUAAAUGGAAUUUAACUUUUUUAGUUUUUUUAAUGUUUUUCUUCUUUUUUCUAUUUUUAAAAGUAAAGUACCUCUCUAUUGCAUUUACUACGAUGACGGAUAGACGACAACGUAAUCUAGUGAAUUUUCUUGAAAAAACAAAUUAGAAUCGUUUAUUCUGGUUUUAAUAACUUUUCGUGCCAGUAAAAAUGACAGAACCUCUGCCGAUUCCCGGUGAAUACGGGGAAGCGGAAGAGAAUCCUCUCGGUCGUUUAUAAUUUUAGCUGUACGAAGGCGAAAGAAACGAACAAGGCGAUCGACAUGGAUUCGGGAAAACUUUAUUACCCAAUGGAGAUAUGUACGUUGGUCGAUAUUGCGAAGGACUAAGAAACGGCAAAGGUAUCUAUGUAUUUAAGAACGGUGCUCGAUAUGACGGCGAAUGGAGGCAGGGACUUAAAUAUGGCCAAGGGACUUUUUGGUACCCCGAUGGAACGCGAUACGAAGUAUUACGUAAGAUAGAUAAAGGACGAAAAGAAAAAAAUGAUAAAGAUCUAAAAGGAGAAUAUCGUUCAAUAGGCGACUGGAAGCGUGAUACUAAAUAUGGAUUUGGAGUGUAUUUCUACGAGAAUAAAGAUGUUUACGAAGGUUCCUGGAAAAAGAAUCUUCGUCAUGGUUUGGGAACGUAUUUUUACGCGGCAACCGGGACAAAAUUUAUGGGUACUUGGAUCAAAGAUCGCAUGCAAGGUCCCGGUCAACUUAUUUACCCUCGUCAUCGAUAUCAUGGCUUUUGGGAAUUGAAUUUGCCGUACGGACGUGGUUGUUUUACUUUCGAGAAUGCCUGUAUGCAACACGGACAUUACAUGCACGUACGAGAUCCUGAUUACGAGCAACCCGAGGAGGAAAGACUUGGAGAUCUUGAUACGACUAUGGACUUAGAGGCAAGGACGGAUGAAGAAGCGAUCGAAGAUAAACCUGCGGAAGAAAUACCCUUCGAGCCCGUUCCAUUAAAGAAGGGUUUUCUACCUGUAUGGCGUGCACGUUGCAUCACUCCAUAUAAUUCUGAAUUAUUGCCACCGGAACCGAUACCUUUGCAGGAAGAGGUAUCGUUACAAUCCUUGACAGACAAGUGUCCCGAUGAGCCUUGGAUGGAACCGGAAGAAUAUUUAAAAUAUCACUACGAUGAAGAAGAAGAGUACGAAAAUGCAGAAGAUUUCCCGAUAAGGCCAUCCGAUUUGUGACUACUCACCUAGAUGUAUAAAUAUGCGUUUGUUCUUCGAAAUAUAAGUAUUAAAAUUG